AUGGUCACUAUGGACUUCACUCCACCCAGCAACAUAAGCGGUAACGGGACAGAUCGUAACGUCACCCAGGAUCAAGAUGGCGGCGAUGUGAACGCGUAUCAGCUGGUCACCUUAGUAGCCCAGGCCAUCCUCAUGAUUGUGAUAUGUUUUGGUAACGGCAUGGUGAUUGCAGCGUUCUACCGCUCCGAGGUGAUUCAAACUAUCACCAAUUACUACAUCAUGCACUUAGCCGUGGCCGAUUUUACUGUUGGACUUUCCUUGCCUUUCCAUAUUGCCUGCUUUCUGAAGCCAGACAUUCUGAAUAAUAUAUACGUGUGUAUAUUUCGGUACUCUACUCUGAUGACCACGCAGUCGGUGUCUGUUCUUUGUCUCCUAGCUAUCACCAUAGAUCGUUACUCCGCCGUCGUAUAUCACAUGCGAUAUCACAGUCUCAUGACGAAAUGGAGAGCGGCCGUCACCAUAGUAGCGGUGUGGAUUAUUCCUAUAGUUAUGGGGGUAAUCGUCCCGUUUCUGUGGCAUAACCCAUGGCCCGAAAACGAAAGUGAAAGAGAUUGUGACUUCGGUAAGACUUUGUCACUCGAUUUUCAUAGGUACAUAUCCGUUGGGUCGUUCGCUAUCGUCACUGCCGUGAUGUUGACGCUGUAUUCCAGAAUAUUUCAGGUUGCUAAGCGACAUGCUGCGCAAAUCGAAGACUUGAUGGCGAACAUUCCGGACAAAAUGGCGUUCAAUGUGAAUUUAAAAAUUGCAAAAACUGCCGCCAUAGUCAUCGGAUUGUUUUUGUUAUUUUGGGCACCAUUCUUUCUUAUUUUAACCACACAGGCGUACGGGAAUCUCAUCCACUCCAAGUUGUUAAUAGAACUGCGUGUAUACGCUAGCAUUUUAGCCCUUGUUAAUAGUGGUGUGAACCCUGUGGUGUAUGCCUAUCGUCUGCCUGAGUUUAGGAGAGAAUUUCGAAAGAUACUGCAUCUCAAACAAAGCGGCGGGGCAAACUCCCCCGAGCAUGAUAACUUCUCGGCAAAUGGACCAUUGCCACCCCCUAACCCGCCGGUAUAA